GUUGUGUGCCGGUUUUGCAAGUCGAUUGUAGAAGGGUCAGCGGGAUGGGGAAGGAUUUUGGGCACGGAGAUGCAGCAAUGAAAGUCAAAGCGGUGGGCGUCGUUGUUGCUAAAACUUGCAGUUCGGCAGCGGCAUUCGACGGUGAGGUUUGUUGAUAGGUUAUGGGUGUGGAUUCGGUCAUUUGCGAUGAGGUGGUUUGGCUGAGCGCGAUGUCAUCGAGUGCAGAAUGUGAGGGAGUAGACGGCAAUACGGUGACAAAAGUACAUGCAGCAAUGGAACUUGAAGCGGAUGCCAUCAAUGCAGUGACAAAAGUAGAGGUUGCAAGAGGUAAUGUUGACAGGGGAAGUGAAAUCGAGGACGUCGGCAAUGCAGUGACAGAAGUACAUGCAGCAAUGGAACUUGAAGCGGAUGUUGCCAACGCUGCGACAGAAGCAGCUGCAGGAAUGGAACUUGAAGUGGUGGCUGUUGUUGUAGUUGACAUUUGGACUUCCGUAGUGAGAUUUGAUGCGGAGGUUUUCACCUUUUUUCCAGCUGACGCAUUUUCUUGAGAAUCUGCAGAAAAGGAACGGAUGCGAAAGGAGAGUCAGAAAUCAUGGGAGGAUUUAAUUGUUUGUUUCAAUAAGUGCGAGGAGGAUAUGUGUCAAGAUAGUCAUGCGAGGAUCUCCCUGUAUACAAUGUUUUGUCUAGGUAUUGGUUGUAGGCAAAGCAAAACGAAUGUGAGCAGUGUCGUCGACUCUCGACGCAACAACGUAAAGCUGACCAUGUGCAAAGGGUGGUUGACGAAGAUCUAUGCUUGCGUGUUUGAUAGACUGACCUUGGGAUUUGUUUAUUGUAAUAGCGAACGCGGGGCGAACAGGAAACUGUCGUCUUUGCCAUGGGAAAGGGCUAGUUUGGUCUGUGACAGUCAGGAGGAUUCGGGGUAGAAGUAUUUGUUCCAAUGAAGGGAGCACGCGUCC